AUGACUUCGGGAAGGAGAAAAAACCCCACUUCGAAUCCGCCCAGUAAUGGAUGCAAUUCUAGCCCACUCAUUAAUCUUAAACCACCAGGUUUUGCCUUGUCUUCAGCCGCAGCAACUGCUGCUUUGCGAUCACAAAUUCACAACCCCGUAGCAAUCGCUGAUGUACAAACGAAACGGACGCUCAGGAGAAAUGGCUCUCUAUCAUCGCAUAGCAGUUAUGUGUCAGGAUGUAAAGGAUCAUGGUGUGAGCGGAGAAAUAGUUUAACUUCGAUGUCUGAACGUUCAUUCCGAGAUUCAUAUCCAACGUUAUCGCAGACAGACGUAACUCUGCCUUCUAUUCCUACCACUAAGCUCUCGGCUUCUCUAGCUAGCUCAAAAGCAAUAGGAACUCAUGACAAUUUUAAAUUGCAAAAAAUAAGUCAAAACUCAUUAAAGAUAGAACCUAGAGUCUUAAAAUCUUCAACCAAAACACAGAGCGGGCCAAGUACGCCAAAGCUACAAAACCUAGACCGACCAGCUAGUAAAGGGUCUGUAAAUUUCUCUCUGCCAACAAGUUCUCGGCCGGCUUCGCCUGCUGCGCAAGAACAAUUUCAACCUUUAUCAAGUAGAAAUUUCUCUUUCAUGACCCCUAAGGAAAAUCAGAUAUCAAAAUCAUAUGAUAACAGUGAAAAAUUUUAUACUAAGGGUAUGAUCCAUUCUGAAUCAAAUGCAAAAGUUACUUUUGACCAAAGUUCGAAAAGGGUUGAAUUAAUGAAUUUUGACUCUACCGAACGGCAGUCUAAAGUCGAAACAACGUGCAAAAAAUCAAAUGAUUCACCGAUAUAUGUUAACGAAACCCAAAAACCCCAUGCUGCUGUUUGCUAUCCUAGUAUAAAACCUCCUACUAGCUCUGCAUUGGGAGCUCUUUUUCCGGUUCCUGAAUUUAGUGGACCUGAAAUAGUUACCACCUGGGAAGGGAAAGGAAAGAAACUAGAAACUACCGAUUGCUCGCUAGGACAACAUACUUAUAAUAAGUCGCAUGAAGACAGUAUGAAUAUUACACGAGCUGAUCCAAUCACGUCCCAAAUUUGUACAUUAUCAACCGAAGUCAAACCACGUGUGGAUAAUUUUAAGACCCAAAGUAUGGAUAAAAGAUUUUCACUCAAUUUUGGUACCUCUCGGAUCACAAAUUCGACUUCAGUACUCUCUGAUAAAUUAGUUGAUUCAUUCUCUUCCAAGUCAGAGCCGUAUAAUAUAUUUGAUUUGGAAAAGCCUUCAGAGCCUAUUAAUCUUUCAGCUGAUCAGUAUAUAAACCUUUCUAACAAGAUAAAGCCACAAAACUUGACUACAUCGUCCACAUCAGGAGAACAUUGUAUUUCUAGAAAUGAAAAUCUAUUAGGGGCAGGAUUAACAACCUCUUCAGUCAGUAAUAUACGACAUGUUAGAGCUCCACAAAAUUCUAUUGCCAGGCAUAGUCCUCCGGAACGUGCAGUGUCUCCUCGAAAAUCUGCUCUGAGAAGUCAAGGAGCUAGCUUUCAACGAGCAUCAUCUCCAAUAGGAGCCGGGCUAGAUUCUACAAAAAUGCCUGUAACUGAGAUCUCAUCACCAAGAAAAAAGGCAGCUAGAGUUAGCUUUGAUGAAAGAAAUCUAAUUGUUUGCGAGGAUGCUGCCUCAACUGAGCAAACAGAGCUAUCAGUGCCACAGUUUGAGCACUCAUGGCUUGACACCAAUAAAAAAUGCUCAAAUGAUGAUUUUCUUUUCAUAAAUGAUGGUGAUAUGAUGAAAAACAGACCUAUACUACCGUCAUUCGAGAGUCUUCGGGGAAAAAAGCUACCAAAGCUCGAAGAAUGUAUGUUUAUAAACCCGAUUGUUUCGACCGAAGCCAUGGGCUCCCCCCUUUUAAACCUAGCUAUUAAGAUACCUGAAAUCGAAGUAAAUGAAAGCUUGGCUGAAAAACAGUACAAUAGUGCGAACGAAUCAUUGUCAGCUCAAGAGACUACUCUUGAAAAUAUCGCAAAAACAUCCGAAAAUUACGAGUCUAUCUCUUUGAAAAGUCUCUAUAGCGAGAACCCUAAAGCAAAUACUAGCUUUGAUAUCAGUUGGACUCUUUUAUACCAAGAGAAUCAGGUUAAAGACGCAUCAAACUCUUUCAAGCCUACUGCCGAGAACGAUACCAAAGCCACAAAUAAUCUUGGGCUAUUAGGAAGUUCAGAGGGUACUUAUUCAACAAAUUCAACUAAUUCAACAAAAACAUCUAAAACAGCUAGUAAAAGGAAUCAAGAUUUUCUGAAUCAAGGAAUACAAGCAAACGAUGACGUCUCAGCUACAGACCAGGAUUAUUUCCAUAUCCCCGGAGCUUGGUACUGCACAACCGAGAUUCCCAAUCAGAGCUCGUCUGUACUGGCUGAAUCAAGUAGAGCAUCUGAGGUCUCUGAAAAUUCUAGUUUCAAUCAAUCAAGUAAUAGCUCCAAUAUUAUAGACAAAUCCGGCGUGCUAUACGCUAUUGGUUUACCGUCUUCAGUACAACUUAGGUCUCAUCAGUAUCCAUCAUCUUUAGAUAAUUACAUCGAAGAUUCUGAUAGUCAAUCCGGUGUUGAAAGCAUCUACUGUGACGCGGCUGAAGAUGUCUCAGAGCUUAAAUCAGAUGAAGAUUCUAUUUCUCUCCGCACUAUUGCUGGUAGAUCUGCAUCAAACCCUGCAUUGAAUAAAAUUUCUGAAACUCCUCACUCUGACUACUCUGUCAAAAAUUUGACAGAAAUAGAGAACUCUCGAUCAAUCAAUAGAACAGAUAACACUUUCAAAAAUAUCUGCGAGCCGUUAAUUAAAUCUAUUAAUUUGUCUUCCAGUCAAAUAUUUAAAUUAGAAAGUAAAACGGAACAGUCUGAAUAUCAAGGAAAUAAUGCAUUGGAUUGUAAGCCUUCAUUUAGCACUGAAAAUAAAGCCUUAAUGGGAUUUAGUCUUCCUCAGUCAUUUGAACAGACUCGAAUUCCUAGAAAAGAUUAUAGUUUUUAUCAAUAUACCGAAAAUAGCACUUUCGGUACUGGUAAUUCAAGUAGAGCCUGUAAAUAUAUAAAUUCAAACGAUUUAUUAGAGCCUUUUUCUACCAUUAAUUCGAGAGCGAGUACUGGUCUGGCACGUCAGUCAAUUAAAAAUAGAAAUAAUCUAACACGGCAAAGAUCAUCGGAUAGAAAUAAUCGUUCACAAUUCUCUAGCACCCAAAUUUAUCCUAUCCAAAGUCACGUAGGCUCUAAGCCAUAUCUCUUAGAUAAUUACGAGGCUAAAAAUGGUGAUCGAAGACAUAGAUCCAGACGGCUAGCAUCGCUGCGCCGGAAGGGAUCUGAUAAUAGCGUGACAAGCUUUAGACGGACUCUUCCUGUCAGAGAAAACCUUAGAUUCAGACAUUCUAUGCGAAAGUCUGCGGAACUUGCUCCGCAAAUAAAUAAGCGAUUAUCAAGUAAAGACAAUCGCCUCGCCCGGUUCAGUCUCCGAAAAUUUUCGCCAACAGAACAUCCACCUCGAUUUCUUCACACAAGAAUAUCUAAAAGUAACAGAUCAAUCUCCAUUAUUUCAGAUGCCAGCUCGACGACCCGUGAAAAAUGUAGCUCACGAACUGGAAAACUCUUCAGAUUUUCAAGGCCAGCACCCAAGGUACCCAAACCUAAACCAACCUCUCGCUUGACUGCGCUAAAAGUUGAUCGAGAAUCAGUUGGAAAUAAAUUUCAAAGCCGAUUUGAUGAUUCAAGUGACGAAUCAGAUCAAGAUAUUAAAAUAGCUCUCACCCCAGCAUGGGAUAAAACUGAAAGUGUCCGUGACCAGACUGAUUCAAUACACAUGAACUCAACUGAUAUUUCACGCUCAAAUCCUGCUCGCAUAUACUCCACAAUAACUGAUAGCACAAACGUUGCUUCCCAAGGGCAUUUUCAAGAAUCUCAAUUUUUAGAAGGUACUACAUUGGAGAAAACUGGAACGGAAAAUGUCCUAAAAAUAUCCAGAAAUAUUACUCAACCCUCAAAAUCAUUUUUAAAAGUUUUAUCGAAAAAAAAGUGCAAUCAUCAGAAGAAAGUGCACAAAAAACACAGAGAGUUUCACAUACAACCUCAAAGUAAUCUCAAAUCUAGCGAUUCCAUGAAAAGAUUGGUACGUUCUGAAAAACAGCUGAACACUAAUUACCUCAAAUCUACUUUGGCAGGGAAAUCUCUUGAAAAUAAUGCGGUAAGCUUUCAAAGCCCUUUCAUGAUAUCUACAGAUAUUGAUAGAUCCAAUAAGUCUACAGGUAAAAAUUCCAGAAAUUGUUUUGGCGACUCGAGCGAAUCUAAGGGAACUGAUUGUAGUAAUAGCUUCAAAAUUUCUCAUGCCGUCAAUUCAACCUUAAAUGGUCGUAGAAAAAAAAAAUUUGGCACUUUUAGGAAACUUUUUAAUUUGGGUGAAUGA